CACGCCGGUCGUUAUGGCCACCCGGUGAAGUGCUUAUCAUCGCCAGAGUGCGUACAGUAGUGUAAUCAGCGUUUUGUUGCUGUAGCGGCUUCUAACCGUAGCAGAACCGGUAUUCCGGACCAUUCGUACGUAGUGCCGUGAGACCAUCCCCAUUAUCAUGGGACAGCAGGAACCCGAUCUCGAGAUGGCGGAAGAGAACCCACGAAAGGACCUCGGUACGAUAGAGCCUCACCAGCUCCACCAGGUGUCCGAGUCGACCGAUGAGCCAGCAGGUGUUCCGGUCCGGGCUACCGACAAGCUGACGCUCCACUCGGCCAGCGAUCUCAAGCAAACCAUCCUCGACGGUCUGGAGAAGAAGGGCAAUGGUGGACUUUGGCUGUGGGUCCUGUUCAUCCUGUGCCUCACACCGAACAUACUCAAUGGCUUCCAUGUGUCUUCGUACGUGUUUCUGGGGCAGAUGCCGAAAAACUACUACUGCACGGUACCACUGCUUCAGAAAGCUGGCUGGAAUCACGAGGAAAUCCGUACCAUCACCGCUCCAAGUGGGACGGCCAAGAAUGGAACCUGUACGAUCUAUAGCUGGGACUAUCAGGAGCUAAGCAAACUGAACUUCCAGGAUGCGCUCAAUUACACCCAAUCACAGCAGCGUCCCGAAGAGGUCAACUGUCUGUCGACAUCCGCAGCAUCCGGAAGUGAAUGGGAAAUGUUCUACGACCAACCGGAAGGUGUAUCGAUCGUACCGGAGUGGGAUCUACUUUGCGAACGAACUGCACUGCGAUCGACGGUUCAGGUGGCGCUAUCGAUCGGCAAGUUUGUCGGAGCAUCCACCUUCGGUGUGCUGUCUGAUAAGUUUGGCCGCAAGACGAGCUUCUCCAUUGCCGCCACGCUGUACAUCGUGUCCGGGUUGCUGACAACGUUUUCACCCGUUUAUCUGCUACUGCUGCUGGGACGCAUUGGUCUCGGAGCAUCCGCCUCCGGCGUGUUCUAUCCACCAUUUGCUCUGCUGACGGAGAACAUUGGUAAACGCCACCGGUCUUGGAUGAGCAUUGCGUUCAACUUCUCGUAUCCCUUGGGCAUGCUGUUCCUGGCAUUGGCGGCCUACCUCAUACCGCCAUGGAGGGAUCUCUCCCUGGCACUGACGAUUCCUUCGUUUCUGCUCGUGAUACAUCUCUACUUCCUUGUAGAGUCACCGCGCUGGCUGUUAAGCAAGGGACAAGAGCGUAAAGCGUACCGCAUGGUUUUCGGUCGAAAGGCACCAAAGGAACUGAUCGAUACGGCGCAAGUGGUCGAGAAAAACCAAGACGCGGAUGCCAUAGAGCCCGUCAAAGUAAGCUGCGGGGACCGACUGAGGCAGUCGUUCAGUGAGUUUACGAAACUCUAUGGCACUCCCGUGCUCUGCCGCAGGGCACUAAUUUGCCAUUUUACGUGGUGUAUUACAUCGUUAUGUUACUACGUCACGGCACUCAAUGCGGACAAUUUCGCAGCCAACCGAUACGUGUACGUGGCCACCACCGGUUCCGUCGACAUCUUCGCCUAUGUACUGUCCAUGAUUGUACUCGCCUACUUCGGUCGAAGGAGCUCUUCCUUCUGUUUCUUCCUCUACGCCGGUAUCUGUUUGCUGGUGGUGCUGGCGGUGCCACAGGACAAAACCACGGCACUGGUCACGUUGGCUAUGCUGGGCCGCGUUGGUAUAACAGCCGUGUACGCCAUUGUUACACUGCACACGGCGGAACUUUUUCCGACCGAAAUUCGAAACACGGCGUUAGGCAUUUGCUCGACGAUGGCGCACGUGGGCUCGAUUGCCGCGCCGUAUAUCACGGAUUUACUUGGACGAUUUGGGUGGUGGAUACCGACCACCAUUUGCGGUUGCGCUGUACUGCUAGCCGGUGCUCUCACAUUGCUCCAUCCGGAAACGCGCGAUGCUGCACUGAAAGAUCACGCCAAGCAGGAGCAGCACGGGGUUGUUAACAGUGAUAGUGAAGAUAGCGUCACUGACGCCAAGCAACAAACCAAUUCUACUAGUUAGUAAGAAGAGUGUGUCACUGCUGCUAUAGGGUAGCCUUUAAUCGGGAUAUUAUCGGGAUAAGAAAAGAGAACAAAUUCUCCUUAUUGUACGGUAACAUACUUCAGUCACUAAUCACCGUUACCAAUAAGAUUCACUCAAUUCAAAUUCCCGUUCCUUUCGAUCCGACUGUAACCGUACAAGCAUUACUAAGAUCGCACAAAACAUUCCGGCGUUUUAAAGGUAGAGUAAUGUGGACUUGCCUCAUUCCAGGUGGGCGCCGCCGACAGACAGGGGAACUAUCGACGUUUUCCAGAACCGUAUAAGAAUAAAGUACUGGCAUAAGUUUAAUAUCUUUCAAAACAAAAGUUUCGGUUCGGAGAAGAAAAGUAAUAUUUUUUUUAGUAAUAAAAUAUAUUUCUUUUGUUUUGUUCAUCGAUCCGACACAAAUGAUACAAGUGUUAGUUGCUGAUCAUUAGUUCUAAUUUAA